AUGCUCGUCCACUCCGUUGGUCUGACGACCGUAUUGCUUGCUUUGAGUAGCAGCUUCGCCAAUGCUCACGGAUCCCAUGCGAGUGAGCAGAACCCUUCUGCGGACUGGGCGACUCGUCACAUGCAAGAGGAGCACCACAUUGAUUCCUUCGACCCCAGUUCCUUCUUCGGCCUUCACGACUUCGAUGCCUCCGGCGCAUGGACACCCGAUGAGGUUCGGAAGACUUACGGAAUGGACGAUGAGACAAAUUCGAAAGUAAGCGAGGAGCGGAAGCAGCAGGCACUUCGGGAGGUAUUUAGCCUCUUCGACACAGGGAACUCAGGGGUAAUCACACGCGACAACUGGAUGCGACUGGUUUCGGCUGGGACUCGAUUACCCGACCUUGGCUUUGGUCCCGGUCAUCAUGGAGACAUUGAAUACGAGUAUGAAAUCCACCACUUCGAAAAGUAUCAUGGAGAAGAUGCGAAGCUGGAAGACCUUACGCACCCGGAGGAUAUUGAGCAUUUCCGGAGACAUGAUGAAGAGGAGGAUGCUGCGGAGAGACUCGAACAGCUUCAAAAGAUGCCGAUCGUGGAGGCGAACAUACCCCAGAAAUUCCGACGGGCGUAA